AUGACAUACCUCAAUUUUUUUCUAGAAGCCUUGGCAGACGGAUGUGUGCCGAACUUUCUUCACAAAUUACAAAAGAAAUCUAUAAAUUACACCAGCAAAACUGUUCCCCGAAUUACUGUAAACCUUUCAUAGUGCGUUCGAAACCCUUCGAAAUUGUUAUCCUGAGUGGCACCAUCCGCACGGACAGGGUCCGAUUUGCAUUGAUCCAUUUUUCACAGACAGCCAUUGUGAAAAAGUGAAGCUGGAAGGCUGGUGACGACGAGCAGCAUCGAUUAGCAGGGCACAUAACACACCAGCUGCGAUCGGGCUGUGUGGACUGCGGCCGAGUGAGAUACAAUCAACUGAUGUGUGGAUUUAGGUAAUAAUAAUUUCGCUUGCUAAGUGUUUAAACUACCCCGACAAGGCUCGUAAUCAAUCGUCGUGUGGACUGAAAAGUGCAAAAGUGUAAGUGUGUGCGUGUGUGCAUGUGUGAAUCGCAUUUGGCUGGUAUAGUGGUAGUGGUGUAAAGAAGGGCCGUGCUGCCAGUAUUCUACUAUGUGACGUUUGAGCGAUCGAUUAGCGUUUCCAGCAGUGUGAUUUUUGUUUUCAUUUUUGCUAUCAUCCUCAACCAAAAAUAACAACUAGUUUCCCCCAACACGGGCAUACAUUUAACAGUGGAAAGUGUGAGAAUUGUGUGCACCAUUUGUCGUAUGCAAAUAUAUAUAUUUAUAUAUAUAUUAUGUUGAAUACAUUCACACAGUUUGGCUUUGAGCUCUGAUAUUCCCAUGUACCAAUUUGGUAAAAUGUUUGCCGUACAAUGUUUAGUUCGCUAACGGAGUGAGCGAGAAAAAAUAUGGUUCGUCCAGUAGCUGCUAGUUGUGGUUUAAGUUUAACUUCGACGAUACUAUCGGCAACUGUUACCCGAGCCUGAAGAGAGGGUUAUAGGCGUGUGAAAGAGUUACAGUGCUAGUGUGGUGGAGUAAAUCUAGCACGAAGGUGCAAAGAAGCAAUACACUGACGCGAGACAAGAAACGUUUAUUUAUAUAUUUAUAAAUGAGAUAGAAGUGCUUGGGAAGCAACCAGCUGAUCGGCACUUAAGUUGCGCUUGGAGUUACAGUUCGGCGGUUUUCGUUACGUGCACCGUCAGAGUCAAAACCGGAUGUUGAUUGCAUCUAUAGAAGCUUUUGGUCCAAACAGUAUCAAUAACAAUAACAAACACACAACAUAGUAAUCCUUUAUAGCUGAAAUAAAAUUGAUCAAGUUGGCUGUUCAAGUAAACUAUCUAGUUGAUAGUAGGCUGAGCGUUGUUACUUGCAUCCCUCGCAAAAUCGAUCCACCUGUUAGAAAUACGGCGGCGGUAAUAGCAUCCACCGACCAAGAAUACGAUUUGCGAUAUAGGGGUAUGGUAUAUUUUCUGGGUGAUUGGGGCAUGGGAGAUAUUGAACGUACUACGGCGCAACAUGUCCCUACAAAUUUGCAGCAACUCAAUUUCCACAACCAUACCAGUAGCCAGCAGCAUCAGCAGCAGCAGCAGCAGCAGCAGCAGCAGCAGCAGCAACAGCAAACACAGCAGCAACAUGAACAACAUCUUCAGCAGUCGCGAUCUGUACAGUACAACAAUGUUACCCAACAUCUUCAACAGCAGCAUUUGCAGUCGCCGCAGCACCAGUCCCAUCGCUAUGAACGAUCGAGUGCUGGCGGUAGUUUCAAUGUAACGAAGAGUGAGAAUAUCUCUACCUACUUGAAAGAAGUCCAGCAGCAGCAACGCGCUCAGCAGGUUGAUGUUCGACAAAACAACGUCAAGGUCGCCAACGGUGGCUUCCAACAACAACUACUGCGCACCGGAUCUGGACAUCAUCAUGAGCAGGAACAGCUGCCGAAACAGCAUACCUUGCACUUUCAUCACCAGCAGCAACAACACACGCACCACGAUGUCGAAAGCGAUGAGGACGAAAUCGCAUUAUAUCCUCUCAAUAAUCAGGUUGGCGGUCACACGAGGCUUUUGUUGCUAAACCAGAGCACUGUGAUUAAACCCCUUAACCUUCGCGAACUUGAGUUCUAUCAAAACAUUCCCAGCGAUAUACAGCAGUUCGUUCCAAAGUACAGAGGUGUGAUGCAAGCAACUACUAUGGGUGGUUCUAAACUGGAGAAACGUUAUUCACCCAGCUUCCGUGACGACCCUAUUCGAAAGACUGCAGCAUCAAAAAGGAAGCGCGAAGAAGUGUUACGGAUGAAAAUACAUAAAAAUGGAAUACCUUCCGAAGUGUUAAAAAGUAUUGCACAGAUAGACAACUCUAAUAAACAAUAUUUUCUAAUGCUGGAAAACAUAACUUCCGCUUACCGGAACCCAUGUAUACUGGAUCUCAAAAUGGGCACACGACAACAUGGUGAUGACGCAUCGGCGGAAAAACGAAGCAAGCAGAUGGCCAAAUGUGCGGCUAGCACAUCCGCCUCACUUGGCGUCAGGCUGUGCGGUAUGCAGGUUUACCAGGCAAAUCUUGAUCAUUACAUGAAACGAGACAAGUACUGGGGCCGUGAACUUACUGAAGACGGUUUCAAAGGAGCGCUUCAUAACUUUUUCCACAACGGAUACCGGUUACGGACGAAGGUCAUUGCAAAGGUGCUUGGCAAGUUGGAGCAGUUGCGUCGUGUUAUCGAGAAACAAUCGAGCUAUCGCUUCUACUCGUGCUCCCUUCUAAUCGUUUACGAAGGAUACGAAGAGGUUCCGGUGCCAAAUGCCGGUGACUAUCAUUUGCUUGAAACGGAAUCAAACUCAUGCUGCUAUGAUGCGGACGCUUCAAACAGCUCGAUUGAGCAGUACCUGUUGUCCUCUUCUAACGAGGAAUCUCCGAUACCGUCAAACAUCACCUCAUCUGUAAAUACACGCCGUACAUCAACGUCCAUGGCCACCGCAAUAGCAGCAAUGGCCGCGGCAACCAAGGCUACCACACUCACCACUGCAGCAACCUCCAACCCGAUGCGGCCACCACCGGCGAUAGCUGCUCGUGAUGAUGAUAGCACACAAAGGAGCAUUUUCACCGAGCAUCAUUUCCGCAGCGUUGUAACGGACGAUGAUAACAACCGGGAAAGGCGAAUCGAUAGUACCGCCUGUUCGCGAGAAGCUCAUGCAUCCGAAACUAAAAUCGUGCCCUUUGUUCCGAUAUCGGAAGAAACGAUCUAUCCCGGUGGACCAACGGACGAUGGUUCGACCUCGCCAAGCGAUGCCAUUCCAAUGCCGUCAGGGGUUGCGGGCGCGGCACAAACUCUCACCAGUUCCAGUCCACACUCUAUGGAUUCGUGGAUGAACUACAGCAGCAAUAGUAAUAGCAGCAGCGAUGAUUAUGCUUCGUCGUUUGUGGUACCGAACCAUCUGCAAAGUUCCUCUGCAGUUCAACCAGAAGCUGGGUCCGAAUUUGAAGAUAGCUUCGGUGGCGAUGGUGUAUGCGACCGAAUUGAGGGAAGGCACCACAGUACGGCAAGUUCCGGAGUUGUGGACUUUAGUACCAGUAUUAAGUUCGGCCACAGCAAACUCGUUGAGCAGAGCAGCAAUAUUAGCAAUAAUAACAGCGCACCGAUUGGAAACAAGACGAGAGAAAACAACGGUGCAAGGAUCGAUAGGACUGAUGAUGGGAGCAGCGUUGUAGAUAUUGGAAGCAAUUUCGAGGAAGGACAGCAUGACAACUCUGACGCCGGAUAUCACGAAGAUGAAGAGGUGGACGAUGACGAUGAGGAGGAGGGCGAAGUGGACGAUGAGGAGGAACGUCAACUGAUGAGACAGAAACUGCUGGCAGGGAACAGUUCCAAACGAUUGCGUGGUAAGGAUAGUUGCUGCUCCGCCGGAUCUGUUGGUGCCGUUGGUGCUAAUAGCAUUAUCGCUAGCAGUAGGCCCAGCGACGGCCCAAGUUUAGUUCCAUUGCGCCGGAAACUAAGCUCUAAAUCUAAGUCUGGUUCAUUGGGAGGAGUUGCAGGCAGCAGUACGGGUCCGGGUUCCUCAGGAGGAACGUUGGCGGAUGUACGAAUGAUUGAUUUCGCGCACACGACGUUCGAAAUUAAGAACGGCGGUGCAUCGUUAUGUAGCAGUGCAAAUGUUAAGGUGCACCACGGUCCGGACAGUGGGUUCCUCCGUGGGCUCGACAGCCUCAAACGUAUACUAUCGGAAAUAUGUGAGGAAUACUAUUGAAGCGAAGCAACUCGGAGAGACGUGAAGUGGAAGGCACAUAGUGCUGGAAUGACUGUGUAUAGAUAGUGUAGUGAAAGAAGGCGGUGAGACGCACGAGCUGCGACUCAAUGUUAUGUACGUGCAAUUUGCAAUUGAAAAUCGCCAGGAUCGUGCGUCGUCGGUCGCGAAUUCCGGACUCACAAUAGUGUGAUGUUUUAGCUUACUUAGCUUAUUUUCGAUUUGUUUUACAUUUGAAUUUCUUAAAGUCCUCAAUGCCCGGGUUCGAGUGUUAUUUGCUCCUUCCUAUCUAUUGUUUACGAUUCGUUCUUGGGUAUUCUUUCAUUUAGGUGAAGAAUUAAAUCUCAUUGUCCUUGUUUCACACCUCACAGUGUAGUGCAGGAUGAAAAAUUAGCUGUUUCGUCGAAUUCACCCGAACGAAAUCGGUUGGUUAGGUUAGGGCUAGGGCGAUUUUCAUAGUUUCAGCCCCAAAGCUCGGACGAAGUGAACAGAACAGAAUUUACAACAAGCAAUUAUAGCUAGAAGGAACGAUUGAUGACACCGGCAAGCUAUACGAUAACGUCACGGUUUGACGAACCUACAUAUUCGUUGCGAUUACAGUAGAAAGGAACAAAACAAUGGUGAUUUUGAAAAGGGAUAAUUGUGAUACUAAAAGCAUUUGUCGGUCCCACUCAACAAAGCCAUCCCCUUUUUAGUUAACGUUCGUUCCAAAACGCUCAACAUCUUUCGUAUGUUUUAAAUGUUAUGUAUCGUACGUCUCGUAGGCAUAGUCGUGUGUGUAUUUAAGUGAAGAUAAAGGUGGUUCAAAAAUAUGAAAGUACAAUUUUUUUAUUUUUUUUUUAUUUCUCACUUUCCUUACUUUUGUUUACCGCUUUGCAUCGCACGCUCGUUUCAUUUGCUUUAGAUCUGACUUUUUAACUUUUUAAACAAUUUACCACGCGAUUGGGUUACCAACAAUCGAGCCCAUGCUUGCUAGCGCAUUCAGUUUCAUUUUGUUGUAUUAACACUUAUGUAGAUGGACGUAAACAUAACGUAUGUUAAUAAUUGACUUCAGUUUGAAUUGAAUAACUCCUGGACCACAUGCAUAACCUGUAGUUGAACGUUAGACUGUUUUAUAUUGAAAGAACGUGCUUUUUUAUUACACAAUAUAUAACAUCUGUGGUACAAUCACCAAUGAUUGAUUUUGAUUCUCCGGCAUCAAUUCAUUCAUCCAACGGUCGACGAUGGGUUAUGUUAAUGUCCGACGGGAAAAGUAAUGAUCCCUUAAAUUGUAGAAAGAGUUUGAUCAACGUACAACAACAAAAGGAAAAGAAUAGUUGUAUAAAACGCAACAUAAAUUGUUGUUUAAUUUGUCCCGAUGCUGAGGACUGUCCGACAUAACAACUCGUCACGCUAUCUAUGUCACAAUUAGCCAUCCUUUUGCCCAUUAGUCAGUAUUACAAUAUCUGCUGAGCAUAUGGUAGGCCGCAAUGAACAAAUAUCGUACACGACACGCUCUAACAUGGAAUUUGAUAAAACUGUCUUUGUUAUGAAGCAGCAUAACAAUAGAUUUGCACAAAUUAAAUUGCGCACUUGCAAUAACGGAGCGAGAAGAAACGGGUAGACGUUUGAAGAAAAUAAUACAAAUAUUAGCUAUUCUUAUAUUCGCUAUACCUGUACCAAUACACUUCCAUUGUACGGUUUAAUGUGCGUAUGAAGAAUGCAAUGGGUAAUUUUUAAUUUACAUCUUUUGCUCUCGCAUACCAGAUACUUAAAAAAAACAGUGAUGCAAAUCUUCGCCUCAGUCAUUCUUAGGAUGCUGACAGUUGUACACAACCUAAAAUGCAUUUGUUGCCACUAGUUGGUAUCUACUUUGUAUCAUUGGUAUUUGUCUCUUCACCCGUCGAUACUCUUCUCCGCCCUUCGUAAUUUGGAAAGAAUGUGUAAUUAGAUGUCUCAUAGCCAAGAAUAAUUAAAUAAUCGGUCAUUUUAAUCACACUUGUACAUUAAAAGGAAAAGAAAAAAAACAAACAAACAAACGCAGAACGUUACAACAGAAGGAAAGCUAUCAACAGUUGCUGCACAACCAGAAAACAGGAACAAAAACGCCUAAAUGAAAAAGUUUGUAAGGAUGGAAUAUUAGGCGCCGAGAAGAGCCGUUUUAGAGUAUCCAUGUUGCUGCUGUUCUUGUAUUUGGAUAAUUGUUACCAUCUCGACAAAAUAUUAGCAAUUGGUACUAGAUCUUAGCUGGAACCGAUCUCUUAGAAUUCCAUUGCGCAGAGUUAUUGCUGCUUUCGGUUAUGGCGUAGAUUGAGAACGUUUCCGAAAAGAUUUGUAAAACAAAUAAAUCAAAACAAUUUAAUCAAAUCGAACAUUUUACAGUUGAAAAGAAUUGGAAUAUCAGAAAGUGUACAUGACACUUAUGGCUCUUCAACGGACAAUUUUAAUCUUUGCCGUUUUUCACCCAUUGGUAUAAUAUAACUCCUUUGAGUUUAUGUAGCGUAUUACUUUUGCCACGAGCGUUAAAUAGCCAGCAUUUUAGCAGUUUGAAGUGUUGUUUCCUCCAUAGCAUACGAUAAAAGCUUUGAAAAUUAGUGAAGAAACAAAAAAGCAACACGUCUGCACAUAUUUAUUGAAAAAAAUAACGACGAAAACAAAAACAACUGCAACAAGUGUGUGAUCAUUUAAUGUUAAUUUACUGCUAAAAGUGGAGUAUUGCUGAGAAUGAAGCGAAGACGUAAGUAACGUAUUUAUUUCUAACAAAAAUGAACGACGAUAAGCAAAAAGAAAACAAAAAAAAGAAGCGAAACAAGAAUCAGUGGAGAAGGAAGAGUGUGUUGUGUAAACGAAUUAGAAAAGAAUACCCGUGUCCCAGGGUAGCAGGGAAAUGAAAUUGAGAGCAUAAAAUAAAAAAAUAAUAAAAAAACAAAACAAAUAUGUAGCGUGUACCAUAUAUUAAUUUGAAAGACCUGAAUAAAGAUUUAAAUUUUUGAAA